AUGGCUGGACUACGUAAACGGGAAGCUAAUAAAGACUUCGACACCUCUAUAACAAGUCCUUUACGUAAUACACGUCUGACUUCAUUGGAAGAGGAGCACUGCCGAUUAUGUAGCCUGUUAGUUAGCACUGUUACAUCUAGUGGCACAAGUCGUGUUGAAACAAGGAAAUCAUAUCCUUUCUUCAAGGUCAAAAAGGAAGGUGAAGAUUUGUACGUGAGGCUGGAAGCCAUUCUUGGCUUCGAGUUGAUACCAAUGUCACAAGAAAAUGACGACCGUAUUUGCUCUGGGUGCUAUAGAAAAAUACCCAGGAUCGAAGAUGCCCUGGAUACAAUAGAAAGAUGGAAGGGGAACGUCUUCAAGGAGUACAAGAAAAGAAAUGUUUUGGAAGAAGGCGUGUCUGGGAGUAAUAACAUUGAUGAUUUCUUUCAAGAUAACUCCCAACAAAAUGCAACUCCAGGAAGAGUACCGAAACGACUCAAACGAAGGACAACAAGUUUACCCACACGGACCAAGAAGUCGCUAUCCAGCGAUUUCGCAGACUCCGAGUCGGAACAGUCACACGAUUUCCGCGAUAUGUUUGAACCCGGUGAAGAUAGGCCAGAAAAUACGAACAUUACCGUUAAAGAUGGUGCCAAUAAAAGAAUGUCAACAGAGGAAGUCAUUGAACUCAAAGCUCUGCUUCACGAGUGGGAUAAACGCUAUGAAGAAAAGUUCAGUAUUAACAAGGAAGAAAUCACACAAGAAUACCAACAACAGAUCCACAAUUUACAAAAACUUGUCGAAGAGAGCCAAAACAAAAUCUCGUCAGCAGAGUACGAAAUGCAAAUGAGCCGAUGCAAUAUCGAGGAACUUCAAAGUCACAUAUCACUCAUACAAGAAGAGAUGUUUUUAAAAGAAGAAGAAAACAAAACUUUAAGAACAACGAGAGACAGAUUAAUGGAGGAAAUUGAGAAAAAUGCGAUGUUUUUUGAAGAAAAAGAAGCGGAAGUGGCAGAAUGGAAAGAACAGUACGAAUUGCAACUGAAACGAUAUGAAGAUGUUGCUUUUGAUCUCGCCGUAAUCGGACCUGAAAUGAAACAAUACAGAGCCAUAUUGGAUAUAGCCGAAUCUGAGAUAUACUUGGAUGACGAUUUGUUUCCAGAACCACAAAUAGACCCCAGUGUAAGGACACGUGUACCUAUUCACGACGCUUAGUUCAGACACGUUCAGCACCAAUCAAGUAACCAGUAAUAUUCGUCAAUUGAUGAAACCGCGAUCUCCGUGAACAACCUUUUUCUGCUGGGAUCUUCUGGUGUUUCCAAUUUCAUCAUAACAAAAUAAAUACCACCAUCUUGCUUACGG